UUUGUCUCAGACUUGAUUUUGCUGCUGAUGGUGGUGCUUGUCUGCGCGGACGCCGGCUGUUUCGUAAAAUUUCUUUCUCAACAUUUCCUGGUGAUUUAAAUGUGGAAUUUCGGUCGAGAAUAGCUGUACCUAAAGAUGAAGUUCAAAGUUUGCUGUGGCAUUUUUGCACUGUUAUGUGUGCUGGUACUUCCCUCGGCACUGGGCAAAACCAACUCCAAAAGUGCCGUGGUCGAGGGCAUCACUGACAUGAAGGAGCUGAAGAAGCUCUUCCGCACUAAAACCAACGUGCUGUUGCUGUUCGUGUCCAGCACAAAGGAAGCCCAUAGCACUCUGGCCGCCUUCCGGGAUGCAGCGGAGAUAAUCAAAGGCCAGGGCACAAUGGUCCUGUUCGAUUGCAGCAACAGCGACAUGAAGAAGAUCUGCAAGAAACUUAAAGCCAAUCCGGCUCCGUAUACGUUGAAGCACUUCAAGGAUGGCGACUUCCACAAGGAUUACGACCGACAGCUGACAGCCACCAGUAUGGCAAACUUUAUGCGUGACCCUACAGGGGACCUACCGUGGGAAGAGGAUCCCAUUGGGGUCGAUGUCGUACACGUUCCGGAUGCAGUGGCUUUAGGGAAAUUUUUGAAAAAGGAAGUUCGACCCAUACUUGUGAUGUUUUAUGCCCCGUGGUGCGGAUUCUGCAAAACGCUUAAACCAGAAUACUCAGCUGCUGCCAGUGAACUCAAACCGAAAUACGUUCUGGCUGCCAUCGAUGUGAACCGACCCGAAAAUUCCAUCAUCCGGAAGCAAUACAACAUCACGGGAUUCCCAACGCUUCUGUACUAUGAAAACGGUCGCAUGAAGUAUACUUUCGAUGGGGAGAACAGCAAAGCGGGAAUAGUAGCAUUCAUGAAAAAUCCAGCAGCACCACCACCGACCAAACCCAAAGAACCGGACUGGGCAUCGGAACCUAGUUCGGAGAUUGUUCAUCUGAGCAGUGCCAAUUUCGAACCGGCCCUGAAGGACGAGAAAUCCGCCUUGGUGAUGUUCUACGCUCCGUGGUGUGGCCAUUGCAAGAAAAUGAAACCCGAAUACGAGAAGGCGGCCACCAUCAUGAAGGAGAAGAAAAUCGCUGGCGUUUUGGCGGCAUUGGAUGCCACCAAGGAGCAAGCCAUUGGCCAGCAGUUCGGUGUGAAGGGCUACCCGACGGUCAAGUACUUCAGCAACGGAGAGUUCAAGUUCGAUGUGAACGUCCGGGAUGCGGAUAAAAUUGUGGAGUUUAUGAAGAAUCCAUCGGAGCCCCCACCACCGCCAGCACCGGAAGCUCCCUGGGACGAAGAACAGAACGAAGUGGUUCACCUAAAUGACGAAACAUUCAAACCAUUCCUCAAGAAGAAGAAGCAUGUUCUGGUCAUGUUCUACGCUCCUUGGUGUGGUCAUUGUAAGCGCGCCAAGCCGGAAUUUGCCAACGCUGCCGAGCAGUUCAAGGAUGACCCGAAGGUUGCUCUGGCAGCGGUCGAUUGCACCCGUCACAAUGGAAUCUGUUCAGCGUACGAAGUUCGUGGAUAUCCCACGAUGAAGUACUUCAGCUACUUGAAAACCGUCAAGGAAUACAACGGGGGACGAACGGAGGCGGACUUUGUAAAGUUUCUCAAGGAUCCUAGUGCACCUACGCAGGAAAAGGCAGCAGAACCGUUUGGAGACUUUCCUGGGUCGGACAAAAUAAUCAUCAUGGGCGACAAGAACGCUGAUGAAGUCCUGCAAAACGAAGAUCGUCUCCUGGUAAUGUUCUACGCCCCAUGGUGUGGCCAUUGCAAACGAAUGAAGCCAGACUUUGCGGAAGUGGCCAGCAUGUUGGUGAAAAACAACGUUCCCGGUAAAGUGGCGGCCAUAGAUUGUACUGAGCACCCUAAAACUGCCGAGCGUUUUGAGAUUCAGGGGUAUCCCACGAUGAAAUACUUUGUUCGGGGGAAAUUCAUCAAAAACUACGAAGGAAAACGGACGGCGCAGGCCAUGUUCGAAUUUAUCCGUUCCAAUGGGGCUAGCCAAAAGGAUGAGCUGUGAAAGAAUAGUCCGGGGAAGGUGUUUCUCUAAUCAAGAUGAGACAUAGUUUGUGAUCUGAUGAAACUCGCACAAAAUGCUAACACUGGGUUGUCAUUUGAUAGCGAGUAUCUUUACUGUAUCUGCCUCAGUUUAACUAUUCCUCUUUCUGUCUGAACUAUUCUUACGUAUUUAAAGAUCUUUAUAUUUUCAAGCAACUUUUUAUCGAAUCAGUAAUUUAUCUGAACAAUAGUUGACGUGUAUUGUAUAUUUUUAAAUGAAAUUCAGAAGCUAACGCACUUUUGGCUAAGCAAACUAACUAAAAGACUUUCUCGAAUGAUCGUAUAUAGCGGUUGAAUGAAUGGUAUUGUCUGAAUAAUUGUCACUGAAUCAUGCGAAUGAAAUAUAGGUGUUUUAUUAUUUAAAUGUA